AUGUCGAGCUGUUGGGCAUUGCUGCUGAGUCGAAGUGUCGUUGUCGCUGCCCACAAAAGGCCGUGGACUGCCUUUGUCACGUCCACGAGGCAAAAACCAUUGAUAACAAGUGCUCGGCCAAUAAGUACAAGAUCCACAGAACUACUCCGACCAUCCACCAAUCGACCAUUCGCAUUUCCAUUGUUCGCCAAGUCCAAGUCUACUACUACUGCUAAAAGUGGCCGUCCGUAUCGUUUGAUGAUUGUAGAGUCUCCCAGCAAAUGCAGGACGAUUGAAAAGAUUCUACAAAAGCACGUGGAAGAACAAAAUUUGGACUACGAUUUUGUCGUCACGUCGUGUUAUGGACACAUUCGCAAUCUACCCAAGAAUCAGCAGCAAAUUCGAGAGGCCAAGUACUUGUCGACUGGUACUACUACUAGCACUAGUGCUACUUCAAAAAAGGACGCGUCCUUUCCCUAUUCCAUUGUGGGAGUUGAUUUGGAACACGACUAUCAACCCACGUAUGUCUUAUUGCCCGGCAAGGAAUCACUCGUUCAAGAACUCCAAGACUUGACGCAGCACGCCCAACACGUCUACUUGGCCACGGAUCCCGAUCGCGAAGGAGAAGCCAUUGCUUGGCAUUUGCAACAAGUCCUCUCCUUACAACACGAAAACAAGAGUCGAUUGUCCUUUUCGGAAAUUACCCCCCGCGCCAUUGUGGGGGCCGUGGAGAGCGAUCCCACACAACUCAAUCAUCGAUUGGUAGCAGCACAAGAAACCCGGCGCAUCCUCGAUCGAUUGGCCGGAUUUACCGUAUCGCCCAUUUUGUGGAAAAAGAUUGCCCCGGGACUUUCGGCGGGACGGGUGCAAAGUGUUGGCAUGGCACUGGUCGUCCAACGGGAACGAGAACGAUUGCAAUUUACACCGUUGGAGUAUUGGAAUGUCCAAGGCAAUUUUACCGCGCAAGAAUUGGUAUUGGACUUGGACUUGGACAAUAAUGAUCUCUUUGCAGCCACGCUUGUUUCGGUCAAUGGGACCAGUUUGGUGGCGGGCAAGGCAGAUUUGGUACAGGCCAAUGCUAGUACUACUACCAGCCAAGGAAAGCUGCCACCCCCACAACCCAAACCCAACAAGCGUCUCUUGACACAAUCAGAUGCCCGCGAGUUGGCCACACAGUUACUGGAGGAUCCUACCAAUACAGAGUGGCACGUCCAGAGUGUUUCCGCCAAGGAACGAUUUCACUAUCCACCCGAUCCCUUCAAAACAUCCACGCUGCAGCAAGAAUCCAAUCAACGACUCGGAAUGAGUGUCGCCGAAACCAUGAGUACGGCACAAAAACUAUACGAGGCAGGAUGGAUCUCUUACAUGAGAACGGACGCCACACAUCUCAGUCAAGAUGCCAGUGCUGCCACUGUGGCUGCCGUGACGGAAUUAUAUGGACCCCACAAUGUGGCGGCGGCACGAGAACAACAAAAGAAAUCCAAUAAAAAGAAAAAAGCCAAACAGAAGAGUGCAUCCGACAAGGUCGCACAAGAAGCCCACGAAGCCAUUCGUCCCGCCAUUCAACCCGAUGGGACAUUUGCCAGUCCAACCGACGUGACGGCACUUUCGGACAAGGCCGUCAAACUCUAUCAACUCAUCUUUCGACGGACAUUGGCAUCGCGAAUGCCACCCCAGAAAACCAAUCAGACCACAAUCGUGUUGGAGGGGACAUCGUCGGGUGAAACCACGGUCGAAUUUCGAACCACGGGCAGUGUCGUUCUGGAACCCGGUUUUACAUUGUCGUGGAAUCGUGGUGGUGACAAUAAUAAUAAUAAGGAAUUGCCAGCACUCGAGGAAGGACAAGUGUUGGCGUGCCAUGGGUUGGACCCGAGCGGUCAUACCACUCAACCGCCGCCACGAUACACCGAAGCCAGUUUGGUCAAGGAAUUGGAAGCACUGGGAGUGGGUCGUCCCAGUACGUACGCGGGGGUGGUGCAGAUUUUGCGCGAUCGGGCGUAUGUUGGAUCACCGGCUUCCGUCGAAGCGACGCCGUCGUCCUCCAAGCGAGCCGCCACGGGGGCGGCCAUGACCGCACAGCGUGCCGCUGGAGGUGGGGAUAUGUUUGGAGCCAGGGGUCCAUUGGCGCCGUCCUUGUCCGCAUUCGUUGUCACGUCGCUGUUGGAAGAACAUUGUCCCACCUACGUGGAUCCGUCCUUUACAGCUCGAAUGGAAGAAAACUUGGAUCGAAUAGCACAUGGUCAUGAUGAUGAUAGUGAGGAUAGCGACGACGGCGAUGAUGAUCAAGAGGAGGAAGUCGAUGUGGCGCAGCAACGGGUGGCUUAUCUGAACGAGUUUUAUGCUGGCGAAGGUGGUUUGGCGGCACAAAUUAAACUCAUUGACGACAAUGUCGAGGCGGAGGAUGCACGGCGGGCUCGCUUACCAGCGUUGGAUACUUCGGAGAAUAGUGAGGAGCCAGAUUUGGGCAUCUACAUUGGUCCAUGGGGUCCAUACAUUCAACAAAAAGACCCAGGUAGCAGCACGGGGCCGCUAAAAGCUCCACUGCCUCCAGGGUUGGCAACAGACCUUUCCUCCAUCACGCCAGAUACGCUUGCGGCCUUAGUCCGGGUGAAGCAUGGAAAUGGUACCAUAUUGGGGCAGCACCCGGAAGAUGGCAGAAACAUUCGAUUGAGGGUUGGUCGCUUUGGAGCCUACUUGCAAUGGGGGGAAAGCGAUGAAGAAGGCACCACCACUCAUUCACUUCCCAAAAAAUUGAGUUCCAUGCGGAAUCUUCAAGUGCCUGGUUCUGGUACCAUUGAAGAUGGUAGUGAUGAUAUGCCCACUGAGGGAGCACCAAGUGAUGCACCAGAGGAUCUUACGGAUAUGCUAGGCAUCACCUUGGAGGUGGCUAUCGGUUACUGCGGGUUACCCAGAACAGUCACCACAUUGGAAGACAAGCCAAUCACUGCUGCUAUUGGCCCUUAUGGCCCAUACCUCAAGUACAACAAUUCGUAUGUGAGCCUGCACGCGCGGGAUGGUGAUGUCUUGACGAUCGAUGGGGAGUCCGCCGUGACUUUGGUCAAAGAUGGCAUCAUCAAUAAGAAGUCUGGUCCAGGUAGAGGUGUCUUGGCAGAGUUGGGCGAGAAGGAUGGUGCACAGGUCACAGUAAAGAGUGGACGCUUUGGAGCAUACCUAAAUUGGCGAAAAGUCAACGCUAAGCUUCCUUCUGAAUACGUCGACGAACCCGACAACACGCCGCUGGAGUUAGCUUGGGACCUGAUCCAAAGCAAAGCUGGUGCCCCCUCCACCAAGAAGAAAUCGGGGCGACACCAAUCAUCCCCGGACUUGCCACCAGCCCCCAAACGGGCCUUGAGUGCGUACAUGCACUUUUGCUCAGCAAAACGUCCCGAGGUUUCAAAAUCUGGAAAGUCUUUGGGUGAAGUAUCGAAAGCGUUGGCAGCCUUGUGGGCUGAGACAUCAGAAGCCGACCGUAAGCCCUUUGGGGACCUUGCUGCUGCCGGGAAAGAGGCUUACCAAACGGAAAAGGCUGCCUGGGAAGAGGAAUGCCGCAAGAUCCAAGGAACAAAAGGAAAGAAGAAAGCCGUGAAAUCCAAUGAUGGAGGCCCAUCUCCACCCAAACGAGCCAAAACUGCCUAUCUGUAUUUUUGCGAAGCAAAACGACAAGAAGUUUCGCAGCGGUUGCACAAACUGGGCGAUAUCUCCAAAGAGCUUGCUCGUCAGUGGGCCGAAACCACAGAUCGCGCUGAGUAUAUUAAACUUGCCGAAGCAGACAAGUCACGCUAUGAAGCAGAGAAGAGCCAACGCCAAAGCGGUAGUAGUUCUGCACCUGCGAAUGGCACGUCGUCGAGGUCCAAAGUAAAGGGAUCCGCCAAUGGUCGUCGAAGUCGCGUGCUCAAGGUUCAGCGACCAUCCACGAAGAAGACUUCAAAACGUGUGUCGGCUUACAUGAUAUUCUGCCGAGAGAAUCGCGGAGGCAUCGUGGACGAGAACGGUGAGAAGUUACCUCUUGGGGAAACCACCAAGAGACUAGCCGAGAGAUGGAAGAGCAUCGACCCAGAAGAAAAAGCUACAUAUGAAGCCACGGCGGCUGAAGAGAAGGCAAAGAUAAUGGCUUCGUGCUAG